CGUAGUGGAUCAUAAUGGGAGAUGUAAUGGUUGCUAGGUUACUAUUUGGUCAUGGCAAAGUCAUCGGCGAUUAGGCCUUGUCAAGCUCCUCUGCGCUGAGCAAAAACUACGGCAUCUCCAGCAGCGACACUGCCUUCUAUAGCAAGGCCCCAAGGCCCCCAACCAUGGCCAUUUCCGGAGAUCUCAAUUUGGUUUUUGGCUCCUUGCAUUCGCCUCCCAACCACCGGCCCUUCCUGCCUACCAUCCUUUCUUCCAAGGUACACUUUCAUCAUUUUCGAAGUGGAGCUAGUGAUCUCAAGGUUGCACCCAAAUGGCUGCAGAUGAAACUGCCAAAUAUAAAUUCCAGGAACCGGAGCCAUAUGUGCUUUGGGAUGGGAGAAAACAAGUUGAAGCCAACUGUAAACCAAGAUGCUGAAGUAUUUCUUCUAAAUGUUGUUAACAUGAGCUUCCUCGACAGACUUAGUUUGGCCUGGAGGAUGCUGUUUCCCACAGCCAAAGUAAGAAAGAAUUCCAAUGCAAAAAUUGCAAAGCAGAGGCUUAAGAUGAUAUUAUUCUCUGAUAGGUGCGAUAUCAGUGAUGAGGCAAAGCAAAAGAUAAUUAACAAUGUUAUCGGUGCACUCUCUGAAUUUGUUGAGAUUGACUCCCAGGAUAAGGUUCAACUCAAUGUUUCCACAGGCACAGAUCUCGGCACUCUUUAUUCAGUAACCAUUCCAGUCCGUCGUGUACGGCCAGAGUACCAAGAUUCCGAGGAGGAUUACAUUGGAAACAUAUCAAACAUUGAGUAUAAAGACACUGGUGAAAAAUCAGGCAAUAUCGAUGUUAAAUUUGAUUUCUUCCUACCAAGUGACCAAUCGAAGAGCGUGAAUUGGAUAUCUGGCAAUUAAGUUUGUUGGUCAAGAAAGAACUCUGCUGCCGUUUGGAUCUCUGAUUCUGUAAAUAUUUGGAUUUAGAAUGUUGCUUGCAGGAUCUUGUUGAAACUGUAUGCAUUUAGUUCCAACUUUUGAAGAGUUGGCAGAUACAAUUUGAAUGCCUAUUUGGACGUUGAGUUGCAUAGUGCACUAACCUCUCUUGGUAAAACAA